GACACCUGUGCCAAGCCCCCACCACACAUCCAUGUUGUUCUAUAUGCUGCCCAACUAACCUCAACAAUGUACUUUCAGCUUCAAUAGCAAACUGUAGCAUGGGUAGCCACAGAGGUAGUUCUGCAGUAGGCUGCUAUCAUGGAAGGAACUGACUGCCAGCUAGUUCUAAAAAAAGGAAAAAGGAAAGAAGGCCAGUCCCCACAUACAUUAGCCACAUAGAUGAUAGAAAGAGAAGAAAAAAACAUGGAGUUGCAAAAAAAAAUCUUUACAUGCAAACAGAUGAAUUUUUUUAGUAUUUAUUAGGCUGUGAUAAAUGGCUAAUCUCUGCAACACAACUUUGGCCUUUUGACAGACUUCUGUCAGUAGAGAGAGGAAGAAAAAAAAAGAUCUUUCCAGUAUAAUACAAAUCAAGUUUGGUAAUUACCUGGAGUUUCCAACUGGAAGAAGUUGUCUUCAUUCAUCUUGUUCCCCUAUCAUCGUGGAUCUUUGGUAGGAGUUCCUAAGACAACUACUUUUGGAGUUGUUCCCUGGUCACAAUUAUUGCUUCCUGCUAAUGAUACACAUUACCCAAACCAGUUUCAUUACCUCAAAGAAUAGAAGAGUUUAGGAUGGAAGGGACUUUGGGAGGUUGCCUGGUCCAAUGCCCCAUACAAAACAUGCUUAACUUUGAUCAGGUUGCUCAGGGCCCUGUCCAGGUAAAGUAUCUUCAAGGACAGAGAUUCCACAGCCCCUCUCUGCGCACCUGUUCUGGUAUCUGGCAGCCCCCAAGAUGAAAAGCUGUUCUUACAGCUGUCUAAUUGGAAUUUCCCUUGCUGCAGCCUGUGUCUGUUGCUGCUCAUUCUACCACUGUUAACUUCCAAGAAGAGACUGGCUCUGUGUUCUCUACACAAUCCGGUUAGGCAGUUGAAGACAUGAAUAAGAUACUCCCUUUACUUUCUCUUCCCGAGACUGAACCAACCCAGCGCUCUCAGCCUCCUUAAACAUUACGUGCUCCAAAAUCUAAAUCAUCUCAGUGGACUAGCUCCAAUAUGUCAAUUACUCGGGGAGCUCAAAACUGAAGACAGUACUCACAUGCGGUCCCACAAGUGCCAAAGAGAGUGGAAAAUCCCUUCCAUUGACCUGCUGGCUACAUUAUGAUACUACCCAGUAUACAGUUGACCUUCACCACAAAGGUACACCACUAACUCACGUUCAUCUUGGACACCUGAGUGGUGCCCAACAAAGCUGCCUUCUGGCCAACCAGCAGUCAGCCUGUAUUGUUGUGCAUGGUCUAGAUAGAUAUUUCACACACACACACACACACACACACUUUUCUUUGUUGAACUUCAUGAGGUCCCUGUCAAUCCACUUCUCUAGCCUGCUAAGGUCCCUCUAAAUAGCAACCCUAACCUCUAGCCUAUUGACUGCUCCCCCUCAAUUUGGUAUCAUCUGUCAGCUUAUUGAGGAUGUCUCACUGUCCUUAUCAUAAAUUAACAGAAUGAAUUAUAAUUAUUUUAAUAUUAAUAUGAUUAAUAAAUGAAUCAUAAAUAAAGAUGUUAAACAGUAUCAGCCCCACUACCAACUCUGAAGAAUACCACUAAUAACCAGCCAACAGCUGGAUUACAUACCACUGAUCAAAGCCCUCUGAACCUAGUGGCCCAGCCAAUUUUCUGCAUCAUCUGGUAGCCUGCUUCUCCAGUACGUAUAUCACCAUAGCAGCUACACUGGCUGUACUAGAGACUGUAUCAAAGUCACUGCAAAAAUUAAGGUGAACAGCAUCCACUGCUCUCUGCCUGUCACAGAGCCAGCAUACUCAUCAUGUAAAGUUAUCAGGUUCGUGAGGUAUCAUAAAAAUCAGUAAAUCCAUACUGUCUGAUCCCAAACCCCUUCCUGCCCUUGGCACAGGUUCUAGGAAGAUUUGCUUGAAAACCUCCAGAGGACAAAGAUCACUGCCUAACAGCAAUCUGGUAGCAAUCCCCAGCAUCAAGUAUACCCUUUAACCACCUGACCUCAAAUUAUCUGGGGAAGUAACACAGCACCCUGGAGACCCUGACAGGAAAUUCUGCUCCAGUUGUCACAAAUUCAUUGAGAAAUCAUUUUAAUCAAACUACUACUGUUACGUUAGCAGCCUGUCAUUUCUAAACCAAAUUUAAUUUCUUUCUCACACAACAUCACAUUUUUAUUUUGAUUACAUCUCAUGUCAUUGUUAAAGUCAGAGUUGGAGUCAAAGUUUCAGUCAGGCAGCAGACUGAGGCUUUAUGGUCAUUUCAGGAUUCAUGUGAGAAUUGCAAGAUAAGCACACUGUCCCAACUCCUCCAUUUUGUUCCAGACAGACCAGGUAGUAUUACGUUACCUCUCCUGCAAACGAUUACCUGAUGGCACAUUCAGAUUGUUAGUAGGUAUAUGCCUGAAUAUUCUGCACUUUUGUUAGACCUCAUAAUACUUGCAUUCAUAUCUUAUCCAUGUCUCGCAUAUAAUGAUAUACCAAAGUGAAAUAGCUCUGUUAGCUCCUCUUCAUAUCAGAAUCACAGUGUUUAAUUAGGAUUCAGCAGCAGAGGAAAACAUGGACAGCUCCAAGAACUUUGACUCUACCAGUAACUUCUAAAGGACACAGAAAUAAAGCAGGUGCACCAUUUUGUAUGAAAAUUGAGAUGUAGAGAUAUCGAAUCCAGCUAGAAGAAAAAAAAAGCUUUGUAAGUGGAGACAGUGGUCUUCCUAGUUCCUUUAUAGUCCUUGCUUUCCACCCUCCAAUGCAAACCUUGUACUCAUUAACAAUAACAUUCCAGUUAUAAUGUCUUUUCCUGAAACUUAAUUUUGUUUAGCUAAAAUAACAGAACAGGAAAUCCUGGUUAGGACAAUGAGGUCCUUCCUUGAUCCCACCUGUUGGUCCAUCUGCACAGGUUGCCCAGAAAAGUUGUAGAGUCUCCAUCCUUGGAGAUAUUCAAAAGGCUGAGAGAGCUGGGACUGUUCAGCCAGGAGAAGCAAAGGCUCAGGGGAAACUUAUCAAUGUAUAAAAAUAUCUGAAGGGAGGAUGCAAAGAAGAUGAAGCCAGGCUCUCUUCAGUGGUGCCCACUGACAGGACAAGAGGCACUGGGCACAACUAAAACACAGGAAGCUCCAUCUGAAUGUAAGGACACUUUUUUACUAUGAGAAUGACUGAGCACUGGCACAGGUUUCCCAGACAGGUAACGGAGCCUCCCUCCUUGGAGAUACUCAAAAGCUGUCUGGACUUGGUCCUGGGGAGCUGGCUCUAGGUGACGCUGCUUGAGCUGGGAAGUUGGACCACAUGAGGCCCAACUCCAGAAUUCCCUGCCAACCUCGACCAUUCUGCAGUUCUGUGAAAUCCCAUUUUGUCACAUAGCUUUUCUAUAAAAUUGCAGUAUUUUUGUGCUGCUGUUAUUUUUCCUCUGUAAGAAUUACUUCUGGUAUUAAAUCCUCACCUCUACUUUCACUGUGUCAUCACAGAAGACAACUUCUUUCUUCCAGUUCUGCAUCUUGCUUAACUUCAUUUGAGACAGGGAGAAAAGAAAAGCAAGGAGGGAAAGGGAAAAGGGAUUGGUUCUUUCUCCCUAGCCUUGUUAACUAGCUUCAACUAAGCAUAAAGAAGGGAAACCAAAACUGAAGAAUGCUGAAGCAAACUGUCUCCAUAAGUAUUUAAAGGGAACAUAUCUAGGUAAGCUUACUGGUUUUACUCACACAUCUUUUCCAUCCCGUCUGGUAGAGAUGACUUCUGUUCUCCAGCCCCGAGAAUGUAAAGUGACCAAAAAGCCCCAAAAGAGCUACGGAUUCUACCUGCGUAUUGAGAAAGACACAGCAGGGCAUCUCAUCCGGAACGUGGAAAAGAACAGCCCAGCUGAAAAGGCUGGCUUGAAGGAUGGAGACAGAGUCCUCAGGGUUAAUGGUGUGUUUGUAGACAAGGAGGAACAUGCACAGGUGGUGGAGAUUGUCAAAAGCAGUGGGAAUUCCGUUGUACUUCUUGUUCUGGAUGAUGCAUCUUAUCAAAAGGCAAAAAAGGAGGGAGUGAACUUGGAAGAGCUGAGUCAAAAGGUGUCAACAGGACAGCAGCAGGAGCAGCAGUCCCCACCACCCACAGCAAAUGGAGUUUCACAACCCCGGCUCUGCUACCUAGUGAAGGAAGAGAAAGGCUAUGGCUUCUCUCUGAAAACCACAGAAGGACAGAAGGGGUUGUUCAUAGUAGAGCUUUCAUCACAAGGAGCAGCUGCAAAGGCUGGUGUCCAAAAUAACGAUCGCCUAAUUGAAAUCAAUGGAAAAAAUGUGGAAAAUUACACACAUGAGGAAGUGGUGGAAGAGGUAAAGAAGUCUGAAAAUCAUGUUAUGUUUCUGCUUUCAAAUGAAGAAACAGACCGCUAUUACACAAGCAAGAAGAUGGUGCUGAGCAAAGAGAAUGCCAACCUAAGAUUGCUUCCCCUCAAACCACGACUUAGUGAGAUCCACAAAGGAGAAAAUGGUUAUGGCUUUUAUCUACGGAUGGAACAAAAUACGGGUGAUCAUGUAAUCAAGGAUGUCGAUUCUGGGAGCCCAGCAGCCAAGGCAGGUCUCAAAGACAAUGACAUCUUGGUAGCUGUCAAUGGCGAGCAAGUGGAUGGUCUGGAUCAUGAAAGCGUAGUGGGUAAAAUUAAACAGUCUGAGGCAAAAACCACACUGUUGGUAGUGGAUAAGGAGACUGAUGCCAUGUAUAAACUGGCUCAAAUUUCCCCCUUCUCUUACUACUACAAAGCACAAGAUCCAACUCCAGCGAAAAUGGAGGAAAGAGUGGAGUUGCACACUGAGCAGAAAGCUAACCACAAGCCAAAAGUCUGCAAGAUGGUGAAAGGGCCUAGUGGAUUUGGCUUCAGCUUAAACAUGAUCAAGAACAAGCCUGGACUGUUCAUCAGUGAGGUACAAAACUGCGGGCCAGCUGACACAGCAGGUGUAGAAAAUAAUGACUUUUUGGUGGAAGUGAACGGGUUGAAUGUGAUGAAUGAAUCCUAUGACAAAGUGGUGGCAAGAAUCCAAGAUAGUGGCGACAGACUAACACUACUGGUGUGCAGCAAAGAUGCUUACAAAUACUUCCAGAGCCAGAACAUUCCCAUCACAGCCUCUAUGGCAGAUCCAGUCCGUGACACUUCCGAACUUCCUGCUAAUACAGAAAACCAUCUGACAGAUCCAGAGAGAAACUCACCUGAACCAAGAGAAAGGGCAAGCUCAUCAGCCUCUUCACAAUCAGCUGCCUCUACAAGAGCAGACAGUGACAACAACGAUGACACAAAGUUGUGAGGAGACAAACUAUGCCAAGAACAAAAAAACCACCAACCUUCCAAAUCCUCUUUCUUCAGUCAUUCUUUGCUACUAUACCUCCCAGAGCUCAACUAUUCCUUGGAUUGCCAUACCUGUAAAGGACUGUAAUCUCUUGCUGAAAUGCAGCUCUCCAGAACAAACACUUCAGUGUAACACUUGCAUUCAUUUAA